GAGACCUCUCUCACCCAUUGUACAAGAAAACCGACAGUCCCAUCCUCUCUCUCUCUCUCUCUCUCCUUUCUCUCCCUUCCCCUCUAAUGGCAGCCGAAGUGAGCUCGCUCGUGCGAGUUCUUACGACUUACAACAAAGAAGACCGUCAUCUGACGGCCGGAAACGAAUCCACCGCCGAGAAAUUAGCGCCUCUGAUCACCCGAGACUUACUCAACGGCGGCUAUUCCAAAUUUACAGAGUCCCAAGAAUUGGACCUCGACCUCCAUGUCCCUUCUGGCUGGGAAAGACGACUCGAUUUGAAGUCAGGGAAAAUGUUUAUUCAAAGAUGCAAUGUUCAAGAUUUCAACAAUAACAAUCAAACAGUGCCAAAGCUUCAAGAUUUGAAUUUUCCACCGUCGCCCAAUUACUCUAAAUUUCAAUUGACGAAUCAUUUGGUCGAUGAAACCAGCUUGGAUUUGAAAUUGGUUUCGUCAUUAUCCUCGUCGCCUUCGUCGUCGUCACCGAGGAGUAAUUAUCAGAGCGUUUGUACUUUGGAUAAGGUCAAAUCGGCGCUCGAACGGGCCGAGAGGAAUCCCAUCAGAAAACGGUCGUCGUUAUGGAAAUCGUCGCCAUCCCCAUCGUAUUCGUCGUCGUCGUCAUCAGCAGCGGCGGAUAAAGAGUUUCGAGAAGAAGAAAAGUUGAAAAGUUCGUCGUCGCCCAUCGCCGCCGGGUGCCCUGGAUGUUUGUCGUAUGUGUUGGUGAUGAAGAACAAUCCGACGUGUCCACGGUGUAGCUCCAUCGUGCCGUUACCGGCGGCGAAAAAACCUCGGAUUGAUCUGAACAUUUCGAUUUGAUUUCAAAGAGAUGGAAAAUUAUUGUGAUUGUAGAUGAAGGGACAGGAAUUAUGAUCUUCGAAAAAUAGUUUUUCUUUUUUGUAGUUGUACUUAGAAACUAUAUGUAAAAAAGAAAAUGCAAAAGGGAAGGUUGAGAUUUCAAUUCUUAGCAAGAUUUCUUAUGUGAUAAUUUCAUCUCAAUUAAGAAUAGAAUUACAAAAUGAGUGAUCAAAACUCGAACCUAUUUGAUUCA